AUGGACACACUGGAAAACGACUUUGAAGAGUCUCCUUCACAACCCCCCAUCUCUCCGAAAACCCGAAAGAUGGCCCUUGAUACGAUUCAAAGGCUGAUGGCUAAAUACGGCGCCGAUACCUAUCUCAAUGCACUCCCAUCAGCUCAUUCCAUGACCUGGAUAGAACCUUCAGUAGGAGAGGAGUUCCCCAUUCUAGUGAUUGGCAGCAUAGGCAACCACAACGUGCUUGCUUAUUUGUUAUCACGUGGUGAUGGCACUGGGGAGGUCCGCUACUGUCUUAAUCGCAUCGGCGAUGAACGUUCGCCCUCCACACUGGAGCAGAUCACCUGCGAAGAAGUCCUGGAAAAGCCUCUUGUGGCGCCAUUCAAACAUUUUUUGUGCGGGUUGAAAUUCAAGAAGCGUGUGCUUAGCAUGAUGGUUCGCUACUACUUUCUGUUGCGAGGUUACCUAAGCAAUAUUGAUUCUUGGAACGACGACUUUGCUAAGCGUUUCUCAACUAUGUUGAGGAAAAUGUUCCAGGGUUCCAAUGGAGAACCUGUGCUCAAUCGAACAGUGGAGGAAAGCCCAGAGCCGGACGAUACAGACAACGCGUAUGCCUUGCGAUCAACUAGCCGGAAUGGCGAAGCAGAUAUCCCAAAGGACGACGUCUUGGAGCAGCAGAGCCCUUCGAUGAGAACCCCAGACCUAUGGAGCAAGGAAGCAAACCCAGACCUGCACCGCUUGCGGGAGUACCUCGAUGAACAUGACUCGCUGUAUCUCUUAGAAAAUAUCCCUGAUGCCGAAGAUAUAAAAUUUGUGGAUCAGACAUAUAUUUUCGAAGCUCAGCCCAAGAAGUUGUUUAUUGGAACUCAUGCGAAGUCAGGGGAUGACAUCUAUGCAUAUAUGGUGUGGUUACAGCAGCGCGGCUUCCAUGAGAUCCGAUUCUACGUGGAAAGCGUCCACGACCACAAAACGAUAAUGUCUACCGAGGCUACCGGCAAGCAGCGCAUAUUGCACCCUUUUAUCAAAACUUAUCCCAAGAGCACCGGACCCAGUGAACAAGCUGAUAGAGCUCGCUUCACGCUCAUGGUAAAGUGGUACUUUAUCGCCGCUGGAAUUGCAACAGAUUGUAUCUUAAGAGAGACCAAGAGUUAUCCUGAGCGUCUUCGCGCAGCACUAGACUACAUUGCCGACCAGAUGGGGCCUGCCGCUGUCAAACCCCCUGAACCCGUCGCAAAUGAGGAUGCUACACCAGAUGAUGGUAGCGAAAGCUCCUAUGCUCCAGAAGAGAACGACAUCCAACCUACACUGGCCCGCGAACCGCCGCCUAAGUUGCCUCACCUCCCACCCACGGUUGCUCAUAAAUCUGCUUCCCCAGUCGCACGCCGUUCAACACUCUCUAGCAAGCCAGUACCAAUGUCGGGGCUCCCAAGGAACUCGUUCUCCAAGACGUCCACUCCCGAAGCAAUUCCUAUGCCCAAGGCCCCAUCGCGCAGCGCCAAGCGCUCAGCCGAAGACGAAACAUUCGACAGCCUCACCAGAUUGGUAAUGAAACAACAUACUCUUACCAAGCACUUGAAUGACGUCGACCACGAACUAGAAGUUAUGGACGCCCGUCGGGAGGCUUUUCAACAAAAGUGGAAACGAGAGCGUGCUGAGUUAGAAAAGAAAAGAGACGAGAUUCAAGAAGAGAGAAGUGUUGUGAGGAACAUGUUCAAGAAGCAAAGGCUGCUUGAUGCUGAGGAUGACUAA